UACACAGUAAAGGUUAGUAAGUUACACUAAAAUCGUGUUAACAUGCAUAUAGUUUACAUCUUGUGACAAAUUAGUAUUUUAAUGUUUAUGAAAUAUAAAUAAAUGUUUAUUUUUCUAAAGAAGAGGUGGGACAAAUGGAAACUGAGCUGUCCAUUGAGCUGAGUCCAUUAAAGACAGAAUAUUCUUUUAAGAUGAAAGAGGCAAAUACAUCCUCAUUAUCACAUGAGCUGCCUGUUACAGAUGAGAACAUGUUUGAAAAAUGAAAUUGGAAACAUGUUGUCGGUGAGGGAGGAGGCAGAGGGGAGGGAUUGUGAAGGAAGCCACCUAUUGUUUGGGUCCAGUGUUGGCUUCAGCGGCCUGAGGGGGGAGAAUCAGAGAAGCAGAGAGGACUGUCAUUUGACUCGGCUCAAGCAGAUGACGUUUUGUUCACUACGAGGUCACUGAAGAAUGGGGAACUUGCUUAAAACACCUUAAGUUUGAACAAUUCGACAUCUUACUGCUCUUAAAAAGCCAGAUGAAAAUGGAUUUUGCUGUGUCAUGGACUACACUGUGAUCAAGGAAGAUCUGUGUGCACUGUAAGUGUGUGCGGGAGGAGCAUGUGGUGCGCUCUGUGCCCGGACAGCUGGAGAGGAUGAUGAUGAAGCUGGUGUCAGACUUCCAGAGGCACUCCAUAUCCGACGACGACUCGGGCUGCGCCUCGGAAGAAUAUGCCUGGGUGCCGCCCGGGAUCAAGCCUGAACAGGUGUAUCAGUACUACAGCUGUAUUCCAGAGGACAAGGUUCCAUACGUCAACAGUCCAGGAGAACGAUAUCGAAUUAAACAGCUUCUACACCAGCUGCCAGCUCAUGACAGUGAGCCUCAGUACUGUAACUCUCUGGAUGAAGAAGAGAAGAAAGAGCUGAGGAUAUUUAGCCAGCAGAGGAAAAGAGAGAAUCUGGGCCGCGGCAUCGUACGACUUUUUCCAGUCACCAUGACCGGAGCCAUCUGUCAACAGUGUGGCAGGCAGAUCUGCGGCGGUGACAUAGCGGUGUUUGCGUCACGAGCGGGUCACGGCUCCUGCUGGCAUCCUCAGUGCUUCCAGUGCGCUUCCUGUAACGAGCUGCUGGUGGAUCUCAUUUACUUCUACCAGGACGGACACAUCUACUGUGGCCGGCACCACGCCGAGCGCAUCAAACCCCGCUGCCAGGCCUGCGACGAGAUCAUCUUUGCGGACGAGUGUACGGAGGCGGAGGGCCGGCACUGGCACAUGAAGCACUUCUGCUGUUUCGAGUGUGAGGCGGCGCUGGGCGGCCAGCGCUACAUCAUGAGAGAGAGCCGGCCGUACUGCUGCCACUGCUACGAGUCUCUGUACGCCGAAUACUGCGACACCUGCGGAGAACAUAUCGGUAUAGACCAGGGUCAGAUGACGUACGAGGGCCAGCACUGGCAUGCGUCUGAGGCGUGUUUCUGCUGCGCCUGCUGUCGGCUCCCUCUGCUGGGCAGAGCCUUCCUGCCUCGCGGCGGACUCAUCUUCUGCUCCCGCUCCUGCUCGCUCGGGGAAGACCCAGACAACUCCGACUCCUGCGAUUCUGCACUGCAGAGCAAACCAGUGUCACACAAGACCAUUCAAAACCAGCAGCGCACUUCCACACCUCGGCCACAGGAGGGAGCCAGCGUCAGAGCAGCCAGCACAACAACAGCCAACGGGGGUCAUGUUACACUGGACAGCAAAGCUACAUGUGUUCUCACGUCUUUCCAUCCUAUACCCAAAGGCCAGCCUCCACCGUAUGAACAAAUACAAACACAACACACACACCUCUGUCCAGCAGCCAAUGACAGGACAGCAUUCGUUUGCAAGGACCAAUCAGGCGUCAGCACACAGCAAGUGGCUCACCGGCCAGACAGUCUGGAGUUUAUGGUGGAGCUGAACGGAUAUGCAGAAUUUGGCCCUUUUCCGCCGAGCUGCAUGUCUAGAGGGACUUCCACUGCAAAGGAUUGUGGGAACGUCAGUUGUACAGGAAUUUCCUCUCAACUGGAGUCUUCAGAUGCGUUUGAUGAUCUAAAUGACUCCGACUCCUUCCCGCCUCCUCCGCCCCCUGUUUUCUUCGAUCCGUCUGAUUCCCCGUCCGCUGUCACUGAAGCCGAGGACGCCCCUGCAGCACCGGUCCGAGGCAGCACCGCCAGGGUCAGCUUCAGAGAGCCAAUCAGCAGCAGCUAUUCAGUGGAAGAGGAAGAGUGGGAGGAAGAGGAACGGGUGGAGACGCAGAGAAGAGAGGGAGAGGAUGAGGAGCAGGAGGAAGAUGGAGAGGAAGUUGAAGGAAGUUUGGGACACAGGUUGCGCUUCUGCAUUGAAGUACCAUCUCAAAUGGACCUGCUGGAUGGGUCGUACCACCGCAGUUCCCGCCGGGGAAGCGGUGGCCACCACCCCACGGAGAAGCGGCUCAGACGCUCCCGAGGUUCACGAAGCGACAGACCUCAUCUGGAAACCCUGGAAUGCAGGGUAGGAGACCGCAGGCGGUCCAACAGCGUCCUGGACAGCAGCCUUACCCUGCACUCCACCCGCUCACGGCACGAAGACUCCUGCUCCACCUGCUCCUCUUCCUCAGACUCCGAGGAGGAAGGCUUCUUUCUGGGCCAGCGCAUUCCUCUGCCGCCACAGCUGACGGGUGGAGAGAGAGCAGCAGAAGGACAGACAGAGGACGAGGACAAGAGCCGAAGAGGAAGCUUCAGGAGAAGAAGGACACAGAGUCUCAGCAGAAAAGACAAGGACAAGAACUGCAUACUGUCCUGAGACCAAGACUCUCUGAACCAGCAAGCUGCUCAGUCCAGAUCAAAGUUGAUCAGUGACAUUUUGUAUGAUAAAAAUAGAACCUCUCUUACAUUC